UGCACUUGAACUUGGAAUCUUGUAAUGUGAGGAGCUACACUGGAGAACAGAAGAAACUUCUAACAAAUGGGAAAUUAUAAGUCUAGACCAACCCAAACUUGCACUGAUGAAUGGAAGAAGAAGGUCAGUGAAUCUUAUGUUAUUAUAAUAGAAAGGUUAGAAGAUGACCUGCAGAUCAAAGAAAAAGAACUUACAGAACUAAGGCACAUAUUUGGUUCUGAUGAUGCCUUCAAUAAAGUCAAUUUAAAUUACCGCACAGAAAAUGGGCUAUCCCUGCUUCAUUUAUGUUGCAUUUGUGGAGGCAACAAGUCUCAUAUUAGAACCCUUAUGUUAAAAGGGCUCCGCCCCUCUCGACUGACAAGAAAUGGAUUUACAGCCUUACACUUGGCAGUUUACAAGGACAGUGCAGAAUUGAUCACGUCCCUGCUUCACAGUGGAGCUGACAUACAGCAGGUUGGGUAUGGUGGCCUCACUGCCCUACAUAUUGCUACCAUAGCUGGUCACCUGGAGGCUGCUGAUGUGCUGCUGCAGCAAGGAGCUAAUGUCAAUGUUCAAGAUGCGGUUUUUUUCACCCCACUGCACAUUGCAGCCUACUAUGGGCAUGAACAGGUAACCCGCCUCCUUUUGAAAUUUGGCGCUGAUGUAAAUGUAAGUGGUGAAGUUGGAGAUAGGCCCCUACACCUAGCAUCUGCAAAAGGAUUCUUUAAUAUUGCCAAACUCUUGAUGGAAGAAGGCAGCAAAGCAGAUGUGAACGCUCAGGACAAUGAAGACCACGUCCCACUUCACUUCUGUUCUCGCUUUGGACACCAUGACAUAGUGAAGUACCUGCUCCAGAGUGAUUUGGAAGUUCAGCCGCAUGUAGUUAAUAUUUAUGGGGACACCCCUUUGCACCUGGCAUGCUACAAUGGCAAAUUUGAAGUCGCCAAGGAAAUCAUCCAACUAUCAGGAAUAGAAAGUCUGACUAAGGAAAACAUCUUCAGUGAAACAGCUUUUCACAGUGCUUGUACCUAUGGCAAGAACAUCGAACUGGUUAAAUUUCUUCUUGAUCAGAAUGUCGUAAGCAUCAACCACCAAGGAAGGGAUGGACACACAGGAUUGCACUCUGCUUGCUACCAUGGCCACAUUCGCCUGGUUCAGUUCUUACUGGAUAACGGAGCUGAUAUGAACCUGGUAGCCUGUGAUCCCAGCAGGUCUAGUGGUGAAAAGGAUGAGCAGACAUGUUUGAUGUGGGCUUAUGAAAAAGGACAUGAUGCAAUUGUCACACUCCUGAAGCAUUAUAAGAGACCGCAAGAUGAACUGCCCUGUAAUGAGUAUUCUCAGCCUGGAGGAGAUGGCUCCUAUGUGUCUGUUCCAUCCCCCUUGGGGAAGAUUAAAAGCAUGACAAAAGAGAAGGCAGAUGUUCUACUCCUAAGAGCUGGAUUGCCUUCACAUUUCCAUCUUCAGCUCUCGGAAAUUGAAUUCCAUGAGAUUAUCGGCUCAGGUUCUUUUGGGAAAGUAUAUAAAGGACGAUGCAGAAAUAAAAUAGUGGCUAUAAAACGUUAUCGAGCCAACACCUACUGCUCCAAGUCAGAUGUGGAUAUGUUUUGCCGAGAGGUGUCCAUUCUCUGCCGGCUGAACCAUCCUUGUGUAAUUCCGUUUGUGGGCGCUUGUUUGAAUGAUCCCAGCCAGUUUGCCAUUGUCACUCAGUACAUAUCAGGAGGUUCUCUGUUCUCUCUCCUUCAUGAACAGAAGAGGGUUCUUGAUUUGCAGUCUAAAUUAAUUAUUGCAGUAGAUGUUGCCAAAGGUAUGGAGUACCUUCACAACCUGACACAGCCAAUCAUACACCGUGACUUAAACAGUCACAACAUUCUUCUCUAUGAGGAUGGGCAUGCUGUGGUGGCAGAUUUUGGAGAAUCAAGAUUUCUACAGUCUUUGGAUGAAGAUAACAUGACGAAACAACCGGGGAACCUCCGCUGGAUGGCUCCUGAGGUAUUCACGCAGUGUACACGCUACACCAUCAAAGCUGAUGUCUUCAGCUACGCUCUCUGUCUGUGGGAACUUCUCACUGGCGAAAUCCCAUUUGCUCAUCUCAAGCCAGUGGUAGGAUGGUUUGUGCAGUCAGAGAUUGUUGGAGUCAAGGUUCCGGAAGAAGGAAGACCUGAAUUUUCUGAAGUCGUUACCAAGUUAGAAGAGUGUCUCUGCAACAUUGAGGUGAUGUCUCCAGCUUCGAGUAACAGCAGUGGGUCUCUCUCACCUUCCUCUUCUUCUGAUUGCCUGGUGAGCCGUGGAGGACCUGGCCGGAGCCAUGUGGCAGCUUUACGGAGUCGUUUUGAAUUGGAAUAUGCUCUAAAUACAAGGUCUUAUGCUGCCUGGUCCCAAAAUGCUGGACAAUGUUCGUCUCAAGGCCUGUCUUUAGAGGAGAUGAAGAGAAGCCUUCAGUUCCCGCCCAUUGACAAAUACGGCUACGUGUCGGAUCCCAUGAGCCCAAUGCAUUUUCAUUCUUGCCGGCAUAGUGGCAGCUUUGAGGACAGCAGCUGACAGCACUCCGCAUAUACCUAAGGAGACUUUUCCCUCACACUGAUAGCAACAAUUCCAACCAUGGCAGACUUGCUUCCAAUUAUAAUAUUUUACCCCCUGGGUCUCCUUAAAUUUGUGUGUUUGCACUGGUCCUAUUUAAUUCCCAACCACAAGUUGGGCUUUGGGUUUGUGGCUAAGGAAUGAAAUGCAAAAGAACCAAGACAAAAUGUAUUUGAAGAAUUGGUUUUAGUUUUGUAAAUGAAAAAAAACAAAAACACAAAUGUAUAUUGGUACGUGGAUAUGGGGCCUUGGUUCAUGGUGGGCACUUAACAGUUAUUACGUUUUCCUAGACUAAAUUAUGUAGACUUGUGUUUGAGAGCCGUGGGUUUGAUUUCUUAGAAUAUUGUUCAUUUUCUUAUCUCAUUAUGUUACUUCUUCUGUCCAGCGCUGUGAUUAAAGAUUCUUUGGUGGCAAGCAAAA